AUGCGUUCCAAAGAUUACUAUCUCACACGAACCGAAGCUGAGCUCAUCCGGCUCAAUGCCGACAGCAUUGUCGAGACGAUCCCUGACGGCAGCGUGAUUCUCGAACUCGGUAGCGGUUGUCUCUCCAAAACAUUCAUCAUUCUUAAUAUCCUGGCCCGGAAGCGGAAACACGUCGUCUACUACGCCCUCGACGUCUGCGCAUCGACACUUGCGGCAAGCCUCGCACAACUUCGCUCCGCCCUGAAGCACUCGCCGUACGUAACCUGCCGCUCGUUGUGCAUGACGUACCGGGACGGGAUUUCAUGGCUCGCCAACGAACCUUCGCUGUCCGGGACGCCAGUCAGCGUCUUGUGGCUUGGUAGUAGUUUUGCCAACGAGCCCCAAGGCGACUUCCGUCAGCUUCUCCACGGCAUCUCCGCGGCGCAGAUGGCACAAACCUCUACCUCUACCUCUCGCCGCCGAAUCUUCGGGUGGCAGUUGCUGGUCGCUGCGGACGGAACCAAGGAUCCGGAGACAGUAUCGCGAGCGUACGACACGCGGGAUGGGCUGUCGAAGGAGUUCACGUUGAACGUGUUGGACAAUGCCAACCGAUCGCUGGGGGGUGACGUUUUUGACGUGAACCAGUGGUGCUUUGACGGGGAAUGGGAUGCCAGGAAGGGGCAAUUUCAGACCUGUAUCAGAGCACUGGAGAAUCAAACUGCUAGGGUCGGGAAGGAGGAAGUUCUGAUCAAGAAGGGAGAAAAGAUCAAGGUGAUUGCGAGUCGGAAGCUGGGGCAGAAAGAUGUUCAGGGGUGGCUGGUGGGCACAGGCUUUACCAUCAGCAGCUCCUGGACACACCCAGAGUUUGCCUAUAAUUCAGUUUACCGGAGGAAAAGGCUCGCGUGCAACAAGCAGGCUGGGAACGACUCUACCGAGGGCAACUCGGUCGACUGGUUCGAUCCUACUUCCGGAGAGUGUUUGAUCUUUAGACCGCCAUUGAAAGACGAUGGCUUCAGAAAUUCCAAGGAUUUGUUGGAAGACCAACAGCCACGGUUCCACGGUUAUCUCACAGAUGAUGGAGCUUACAACAGUCUGGUUGGGAUUCUCGGAGCAGCCCAGAAGUCAUUAAUUGAAGGUUGUCCUUGUUUCUGUCUGUCCAUCUUGUGUAAAAUAGCUCGUCGUCAGCUCUUGGCCUCCCCCCACGUAGGCUGUAUUGCGCCCACGUUGGGCAGUCAUACACGUUCUGCAACCGAAUGUCCGAGUGCCAAGUGCCACAACUUCCAACAGGAUUAUGUCAAAACCAACCCUUUAUUUUGGUGUCCUAUUUUCGUGUCCACCCCCCUUUCUCAAAACCGCCGCUCCCCGAUUCCGUCCUCGACCAAGUCAACAGCCGACAUCGGUAGAGAGAACCCCGAUUACAACGAAUAUCUUAGUACCCCAAGUCCGAUAUGUAUCGCCAUCACACACGACAUGCUGCAGGCCAAUCUCAAAAGAUGCCGUGAUGCCCCACCACGGGCAGAUCCCGCAUACAAGUCGAUACGCCAUUGGCGAGAGGGUGUCGCCAUCAAGGAUGUCGAUAGUUCGGAUGCGGCCCACGCCAAUGACGGCUUCAACCCGGCCACCUUCAAGCCCAAAGCAUCAUUUCACGAUGCCUCCCUCCCUGGAGACGCCCCCGGCCAUCCUCUGUACGGAGUCGCCCUGAGCCCCGAGAGCAUCGAGGAUAUAGUAAGCACCGGCUGGCCAGGGUCGAAGAUAGAAUCCAUCAAGCCGCUGGAGGCUGGGAAGUCGUUCAACAACAAGAUCUACUUUUUAAAGAUAUGUCAUACGGUAUUGGGGGUACAAGAUGUCGUGCUCAAAGUCAAUGGGUCAUUGUACGAUGGCGACAAGGUGCAAAACGAGGUGGCCUGUUUGCGGCUCCUCGAGCUCUAUUGUUCAGAGGUGCCGGCUCCUCGCGUGAUGGCGUGGUCAGAGGCGGGGACUCAAGCAACAUUCGUCUCCCCCAACCACGCGGAGACCAAAGCCUUGGGAGAAGGCGCUGCGGGAGACACCGCUGGAUGGAUUCUCACUUCCCAACUUCCAGGCAAACCCGUCAACACUGCCGACCUGGACGCCGCAGCAAUCGCGAGCCUUGCCACACAACUCGCCGACAUUGUCGCGAGUUGGCGCCAGCGCAUCCCCUUCCAAAAGCACGGCGGAAACCAUGCGGCCCAGGCAUUCCCGAUCUUGUCAUUCGAGGUAUCCUCGUGGAGGAGAUGA